UGAGAAGCAUGAGGCGGAUGAAGCGAAGGAGAAAGCAGCUCGUGAGGAAGAAGAACGUAAGAAGUGGGAGUGAGAAGAAGAAGAAAGGAGGCAACGUGAAAAGAAAGAUCGAGAAGAUUUCCAGUCGCAGAUGAAGCAGAAGCUCACGGAGAAUCUAGACAAGGUGUAUAAAACUAUCGACGGUAAGAAGAAUGGUGACAGCGAGGAGGUGGCGAAGCUAAAAGCCACUAUUAAUGAUUUGCAACGAAGGAUGAACGGUGCAAGCACAUCGACGGAGGCUUCCAAACCUGUUUCGGAGACAGAGGAUUUGGUACGAUUGCGGCUAGAACAAGCUGCGAUGAAGACGRCGUCGGAUAAAAGACUGUCGACACUGGAGGAUGUUGURUUGGUCCUACAAAGGCAAUGUGAGGAGGCGGAAGCUAAUGCUGAAGCCUGGAAAAACGAAGCGCUUCGACCCGAUAAUAAACGGGGAAGCCUUGCGGUUGGACCCACAACGACAACUCAAGUGCGAUUUCGUCCGCGGACUACACCGGUUGAGACUCCCAARAGGCAAAUGGAGGCUGACCUGAAAGGUAUCGUUGAGCGGCAUCAAAUGGAGGUGAAAGCUCUGCACGAUUUGCAGAUCAAGGAGAUGAAGGCGCGUAAGGAUUCUGAGGAUGAGGUGGCAAGGCUUAGAGACGAGAUCGCCAAGCUGGCAAUGGAGAAGAGAACRGGCACACGUGGAACUAACUUGAAAUCAAGAUUGGAUGAAGUUGCUGUCAGGAAAGAGCAAGGUGUGGYUGAAGAUGAAGCUGGCCCUUCCAAUCGYUGACACAAGACCAAGACUGCACCGAGUCCGGCGGCGCGAUCAAUCGAUAGA